CAACAACAGCUCCAAAACACCGGGGACAUUCUGCCAGCAAGAUGGAGUAGAUUUUCAUGACUUAGUAUAUACAGAUAAGGAACAGUUGAUAAUUCAAGAUGUCUCACGACGCUGUUGUCAAGACAGUUGCGAAAAAAUUAAAAUACUACUUUGAGGUCAAGAGGAGAGAAGAUGGGUUUGACCUGUCUGGACCUAACUGUCCAAGGCUUGACCAUCCCCAUCUUAAGCCAAGAGCCACCUUGCAGUAUGAUGGACUUCACGACAAGCCUGUGAAACAUUAUUUCCAUGAUCCAAAGGUUAGACAGGCCAUAACAAACAUGACUUCGCCCAGAUCCAGGGAUAAAGUAUCCAAAGAGCAUGUGGUAAGAAGGAAGGUGGACCAUCACAUGGCAAGGCAUAGAUUUAUUCAUCCCUGGCUACCAGAGGCAGCCUAUGAGUACACUCCCAGGGUGGGGAGAAAAAUACGUUCUCAGCUGUUGGGAUUUGGGAAGGGACUCAGGAAAACACGCAGACCCCACCACGGUGGGUAUCCCAUCCUCAGAAGUGUUCCUCCCCACAAUCUCUCCAAGACGGAGGCUGAAAGGCUGAUCAACACAGCCACUAACAUGCUGGUUGCCACAGAAGUUUAUGAUAUUUUACCAGGACGAGCAAGGUACAGGAGAGUUACUGCUGAGGGUAUAGCUCAUGAAACAGGGUUACCUGAGAUUGCUAAAGAAGAUCUGCCACCAAGACCUAAGACUGCUCAGGGGGAGAGAAAGCGUCCUUACACUGCCAAAUACACUUGGGACAUAAAUGGCAGAAGAGUGCCUGUACAGAGACGCAGGAGUUUUGAUGACAGUGCCUAUAUAACCAAGGACAGUGCUAGUUCCCAGGGGAGUUCAGUACAUGAUGAUAUCCAUGAUGAGGAGAGAGACCCUAAUGACCCCAUAGCACCCUGGCUCAGAACUAGGAUGCAGGAGGCUCCACGUGAAAAUGCCUUGGACAAUAAGUGGGUCCAUCAGGCACCUGCUGCCUCCACCAGCAGUACCAGCGAGACUGAGGAUGCACACGGGAGGCUGAGGAAACCCAAUCCACCAUCAGGACCUAAGUCCUCAGUUGUCAGGCCAAAGUCUGCAAAAUACAGACAAGGGGAGCGUCCGCCGCCACAAGAGCCACAGGACCUCAAACCUCUCGAACAGAAAGUGCUGAGUAAUGAGUCCCUGGGGAUCUAUGAUGACCCUGGGGAGGAAGACAUUUUGGUGGAUGAGGGGACGCAAACAGUGGAGAAUGUCAGUACACAGACUGACAGGGAAUUGCUGCUCAGAUAUGACCAUGCUGAGCAGGUGGUAAGUGGCACAGAUCUGUGUAUGUACUACAUCUAUGUCCACACUGGUAACAAGAUAGGGUCCAGCACCAAGGCUGAGGUCCACAUUACUCUGUAUGGAGACAAAGGACGAUCAGAGCUACAAGUACUGGACAAGUCAGAGAGACACAAAAUUAAGUUCAAGAAGGGACAGGAGGAUUUGUUUAAAAUAGAAACUCACUAUUUAGGCCCACUAACCAAGGUAAAAAUUGGACAUGAUAGAACUGAGCUAGAGUUUGCAUGGUACCUAGAGAGUGUCAGUGUGGAUGACCACCAUGAUGGUAUGAGCUACUUCUUCCCUUGUAACAUGUGGUUGUCUGCCAUUGAUGGGGACAAAAAGACAAUCAGAGAGCUGGAACUCUCCACAAGUCGCAGGAUACCAUCAGACAAAGAGACCACAGAUUCACCAAGUGAGUCAGCAACCUCAAGAGAAACUAGUCCAGGAAGAUCAAGAACGCCAACAAAGAAACAUAAAAAGAAAAAGAGAAGUAGGAGUGGGAGCAUAAGAAGCCGCAGUAGAAGCAGCAGCAGCAACAGCAGCAAGAGACAAAGUAGGAGUGGAAGUAGAAGUAGGUCAAGAUCAAAAUCAAGGUCAUCAUCAAGGUCAAGGUCUAGGUCACAGUCACGUAGUGAUAGAAGUAGAAGUAGAAGCAGAAGUUCCAGCAGAUCUAGAUCAGAACCAGAGACAGACCGUACCAGCAUGCAGGGUCAGAGAAGUGAGCGCAGUCCCAGUGAUAUUGUUGAGAAAACACCCCGAGGUCCACGCAUCCAUUAUAAAGAACGAGAAGAGAAGAAGACUUCUCCUCCAACAUCUAUAACAGCAAGUGAAAACGAUGAUGGGGAGAAAGAAAGACAUGAAGAUUCUGGAGAGCCAGAAGACAGGGUCAGAAGAGAGCAGAAGAGUCCAGAAGUUCAUGAUGAUUUUGAGUCUGACAAACCAGUGCUAUCUGCCAGACAGACCCCAAUGGUGCAUGAUGACGACAUUGACAGCCAGGUCACUCCUCGUAUAGAGGAUCCUGAGGCAGUGGAAGGACCAAAAGAAGUACGUCUCUCUGUGGUGGGAGAGGAGGAGGAGACGGCCAUAGAGAAAGGAGAUAGUGAAAAACCUGAAAAGGAGGAUAAGAUGCUAGAAGAAUCAAAAGAAGAGGAAAGUGCUGAAGACAAGGGAAAAGCUUAUAUGGAAGGAUUUAAGGCUGCUUUGGCAAUACAGAAGAAAUCCAGUGAAUCUGAGAAGUCUCCAAGUGGAUCUGAAAGUGAGUCUGAGAGCAGGCAGCGCAGACGAGGGCCAAGCAUUCACCGUGCUGCAAGGGAUAACAACCAUGAAAGAGUAAAAGAACUUAUUCAGAACAAUCCUGACCUGAUCAAGUCUGUUGAUGAGCGUGGCUGGUCAGCCUUGCACACUGCGGCCUCAGCUGGACAUGUGGACAUUGUGAAGUGGCUGGCUGUGAACGGGGCUGACUUGAGCCAGGAAACCCCCACAGGAUACACACCUGUACACUUGGCUGCAUUAGAGGGGCAUGUCUCAUGUCUUAUGGUCUUGGUGGCAAUGGGUGCUCAGAUUAGCCCGCUGACUCUGGACGGUCUCACUCCUCUUCACCUUGCUGCCAUGAGUGGCCACAUGGAGACGUGCAAGUGGCUGGUGGCAAACCGGGCCAAAAUUGAUGCUGUGGCCAGUGAUGACCGCACCCCUCUGUCCGUUGCAAUGGACUACCAGCAUGAGGAGGUGUCUGAGUUUCUGAGGAGGUGUGAGGAUGAACUUCAUGACCCAGCCAGCACCUUUGCACAGCUGAGGACUAACACUAGAACUGGCAAUGACCUUGGCAAGAUCUCAGAAGUAGAUGAGCCAGGCACAGACAGUGACAAGGAGUCUCUUCAAGUAGAACCUGGCUGGACAGAUGACAAGGAGCAAACUCCCAGCAGACCUCAUUCUGCCCGAAGUCGCCCUUCAUCUGCCAUCGUAGUGGCUUCAGGAGAGUCUCCAGAUGGUGCUGAGGAGGGUGAGGAAGAGGAGAAUGUGGCACAUGAAACGGAAGAAGAGCUUGAGGAGAAAAAGAAAAUCUACGAAGAAACUCACAAGAAGAUGGAAGAAAAUGAUGAGACUUUCCUGGACACCAUCCGUGAUGAGGCUGUGGAGGAGGGGGAGCCUGCGGGAGGUGAACUUGAGGUCAAACAAGACCCAGAAAAUUUGACCAGCACACAGGAGCUGCAGGCACAAUAUCCACAGGAUGUUUACCACAAAGAAGUGACUGUCUCACUGGAUGUGUAUUCGGAAGAACAUAAAGAAGAGGUCUCUGAUAAAGAUAAGUCUGGGGAUAAAUCAAUGGCUGCCCCACAGAUCCUGAUCCAGGCUCCUUCUGAUGUGUCAGAUGCAUCUGUCAGUGACAGAUCUGAGCCCAGUACACCCAGGAAGCAAACAGCAGACAAGAAAAAGAUGGAGGAGAGAGGAAAAUCCACAGAGGGUAGCAUUCCACAGGAUUCUGAAAAGGUGGCAGUUUCAAGGUCCGCUGAGGUGGAGGCUCCAGAUACGGAGGUUUCAAGGUCAACAGUUGAAAGUAGAACUAUAUCUGAAACCACCAGUAAAACAUCAGAAGUCACAGUUAAAACAAGUGGAGAACAGAGUGACUCAGAGACAGGAUCUGAGACAGAAACAGAGAGCAGUGAUGCAGAAGAAGAAGAAGAUGAGGGCGGUAUAUCUGGAAGAAGUAUCCCAGAAACCGCUUCAUCAGUGACUGGAGCUACCCCAUCAGGAGCAUCAUCUUCAAUAUCUGGAAGUUCUGCAACAGUGACACAGGGUGAGACCACAACUACAGCAUCACAAUCAGCCAGCAUUACCACUGUGACUCAGACUGAGAGUGACAGCAAGCAAGGAGUGAGUACAUCAACAGCAGGGUCCACGACAAAUAUUGAGGAGGAAAGUGAAAGUGAAACUGACACUGAAAGCGAAACUGAGACAGAGGAAAGUAAAAAAGAUGCUAGUCAGAUAACCAGAGCUGUAAGCAAUACGUCCAUAACAAAUACUGCUGAUGCUACAAGUACAGGUGUUUCUCACACAGAACAAUCUGAGACUGAAACCGAAACAGAAUCAGAAACAGAAGGUGAAGAAACUGAAGCUACAUCUAGAGCAGUGAGUGCUUCAAAUGUUUCACACACGGGUGCUAGUAGUACUGCAGUAUCACAGACUGAUGUAACUCAAACAGAGACGGAAACUGAAGAUCAAACUACCACUACAAUGGGAAGCACUACAGCUGUGUCUGAGACAGAAGCAACCACAACAGCCACUAACACACAGGCUGAGGAAACUGAAAGUGAAAGUGAAUCUGAAGAUGAAAGCGAAGCAGAUACUGUGGUAGAAACCUCCACUCCAGGUACUCCUAGGCGAGGUGGUGCCACAGACACAGAGGCAGAGACUACCACACAGGCUGCUGCUACUACUGAUGCUAAUACUGAAUCUGAAAGUGAAACUGAAAGUGAAACAGAAGAUGAAGGUGCAACAGAUACUGCAGCCGACACAUCAGCUCCAGUGACACCCAAAAUAGCCUCUGUUACACCAGCACCAGCGUCUGCAGUAGAGAGUAGAACAGAGACAACCACACAGACAGCUGCUACAACUGAGGCUGAAUCUGAGACAGAAACUGAAAGUGAAACUGAAACAGAGGAUGAGGAUGCAACAGAGACUGCAGCUGACACUUCAGCUCCAGUUACACCCAAAAUAGCCUCUGUUACACCAGCACCAGCAUCUGCAGUAGAAAGUGGAGCAGAGACCAAAACACAGACAGCUGCUACAACUGAGGCCGAAUCUGAGACAGAAACUGAAAGUGAAACUGAAACAGAGGAUGAAGAUGCAACAGCGGCUGAUGUUGACACUUCAGCUCCAGUUACACCCAAAAUAGCCUCUGUUACACCAGCACCAGCAUCUGCAGUAGAAAGUGGAGCAGAGACCACCACGCAGACAGCUGCUACAACUGAGGCCGAAUCUGAGACAGAAACUGAAAGUGAAACUGAAACAGAGGAUGAAGAUGCAACAGCGGCUGAUGUGGACACUUCAGCUCCAGUUACACCCAAAAUAGCCUCUGGUACACCAGCAACAAGACCAGCCACUGCAGUACACAGUGGAGCAGAUACCACUUCCCAGACAGCUGCUACAACAGAGGCUGAAUCUGAGACAGAAACUGAAAGUGAAACAGAAACAGAGGAUGAAGAUGCCACAGCAGCCGAUGUGGACACUUCAGCUCCAGCUACCCCUAGGAGAGCCCCUGUUACUCCAUCAGGAGCUGUCACUGACACAGAUACUGAAACUGCUACACAAGCUGCAACUACUGAUGCUGAGACUGCUGCCCAGUCAUCAGAGGAGGAGACAGACUCUGAGGAGGAAACUGAAGAGGAGGGAGGGGAGGUGGGAUCCUCAGUGCUAUCUGCACCAGUGAUGGUGGCAGUGUCCACCUCUGGCACAGAGAGACAAGGAGAAGGUGCUACUGGGCCCAUUGUCCCAGUGCCACAGGGGAUUAAGAUUACUUCAUGAUUUGAGCAUAAAGUCUGUGAUAAUGUAUUUGAUAACUAUGCACCAGAAGGCAUUUCUAUUGACAUUACAGUUUUAAUGUUUUUACAUUUUUGUCAGAUAUUAAUAGGAACAUGCCAAAGACUAUCUAAUUAUAGAAAAGAUGGCUAAAGAUUCUUUUGUAUAAAUAAUUUUAUAUUUUACAAAAAAGACAUCCAUAUUUUCUUUUCCUACCAGAUCUGAGAUAUAAAUGUUUAAUCAAAACUAUUGCUUCUGUUUAAAAGGGAUACAUUAAGGUUUAUUGAUAGAAAGAGGCAAUCUGUUGUUUAAGAAUUUACUGGUGGCAUGGUAUUAAAUCAAGCCUUAAGUUAUGUACAUAUACCAGAUCUGUUCAAAGAAUCUUGUUGAGAACAUGGAAUGGUUUAUUUUUUACAACUUGUGAAGUUUAUUUUUCUUGAUGACAUUUGAGAAAUGACUGAAUCACGUAUUAAUUGUUAAGAAUGUUUUAUUGCUAUCGAUUUCCAUUUUGUACAAUCUGUACAUUGAUAUUUAAUAGGAAAAUAUUUUAUGUUAAUAAGUAGCCAGCAAGGCACAAAGUUAAUAUGCUCAUAUAAGUUGGUUGUGCAAUGAAAUGGCCUUGAAACAUAUGAGCUGGUCUUGAAAUGUUUAUGUAUGUAAAAUCAAUCCUCUUCCUCCAGGUUAAAUUUCCUGGGGGUUACUAAAAGCAUCUGUAUUGCAUUUAAGUUGACUGAGUUUAUAUUUAAGUAAUCUUUUGUCAAUUCAUUAACAUUGUUGUCUUUAAGCUGUUU